UGGAAAGUACGUUAUGUCGAAAAGACGUCUUCAACUUAUAGUAUGAGAGCUGGUUCUGCGUGUGUAAAGGUUCUUAAUAUCAGACUUCUAGACACUUUUAGGUGUAGUCUUCAAUGAUGUUGGAGGUGUACAAAUCUGUGGAGGGGUUUGCUUCAAUGUCCAAUGCAGGAUGCUCUGAGAAAACCCAACAAGAAAUGAAACAUCCGAAGAACACCCAACAGACGUACGAGUUCAACUUGGGAAAAGCUUUGGAACUGAAAUGUGUCACGGGAACCAAGGCAGCAGCUUGUAACUCCUGUGAAUCAUGUGCACUUAUCAAUGCAAUCACUUCAGUCAGGAGUUGGUUUCCAAGAUUGGGUGACCAUUCUAAGAGACGUUUUGUGCUAGGCCUUGUGCGACGAUUUCAUAGUGUGGAUUUGCUUCAGUAUGUUACUAACAUACUGCAGCCUUUACUGUGCAAGGACUUCACAUAUGCCAGAGCUAGAACAAAUCCAAGCUUGGACAGUGACAGACCAACUUUAAGCUCAGAUAGAGCACUAGCCAAAAGAGAUGUGGACAUGUAUAUCAGUAAUGCAUGGGACUGGUUUGGAAAGUCAAACUACUGGAGCAAGUCUAACUUUACCUUGGCAGUUCUACAACUGUGUGAAUCCCAUCUCCUCUACAAUGUUGGAAUCCAGUCCAAAACUUUGCUGGCUUCAGAGGAGAAGGCUGCAAUAUCUGCUCAGAGUUACAUGGAACCUGAAACCAUCACUGAAACUGAAUGCAGCUAUAACACUAUUAAAAAACCUGACCUCAGUCUUCUGGCGGCAGUCAACCCUCACUACUCAAACAGCAUUACACACCCCCUGACUGGAGAAGAUAUUGAUGUGGAAGAGAUGAUAGAAAAUAAUGACAGCGGCGAUGAGUCUCUAUCAGAGUCCCAGCCAUCCACUGUGGACCCCACCAUUCUUGUUAUACCUGCUUCAGCGAAGGCACAUGCAGGGGUCUCAAGGUAUAAAGACUUCAUCAGGUAUUUGCCAGUCCACCUUGCCAAGUUUAUCUUAAGUCACCUUGACAAGGCAACCCUGUACAAUGCUCUUUGUGUAAGUAAGAACUGGAGGAAGCUGGCAGAAGAAGUCCACAAGGAGUUCUUUGUCAAUCAGCAGCUUUGCGAGGAAGUCAUGUUGAUGCAGGGUGGGGCAUCCCAAGGAGCAGACCCAACCUAUGCUAAAGAUGUGGAUAUUCUGGUGCCUAAUAUCAACCCCCAAACAUGGGAGACCAUAACGACCACUGACCAAGUCAUUAAACCAACAUUUAAGAGCGAAAUCAGUCAUGAAAUAGCAUUUAGUGGAGUCUCAACACGUAAAGUGAUAAUGGAAGAGAGGAAUGUGUACUGUGGAGCCUACAACGUUAUGGUGUUGAGAGACAUAGAGGAUGUGCACAGACAAGUUCACACAGACGGAGGGAAAUUCAUCUGUCUGGGAUCUAAGGAUCGUAAAGUGCGGUUCCUGGACUCUCGGACUGGGCGGGACACAGGUCCAGUCAUCACAGGUCAUGCUGGUUCGGUUAGAUGUGUGUUCAUCUGUGAAGAGAAAAACAUUGUGCUCAGUGGCAGCUAUGACACCAGUAUUAGAGUGUGGAAUAUUGAGACUGGUCAGUGUCUGAAGAUCCUCCGAGGUCACCGCGAUACAGUGCUGACAGUUACACUCACUGGGGAUACUGUGGCUUCAGGGGCCAAAGAUGGAUCAUGUAAAAUUUGGAACAUUAAAACAGGGAAAUGUUUACGAUCCUUUCGCCACAGACAACCUGUAGGGUGUGUUGCCAUGGGAACUGAAUUGUGUAUAACUGGUUGCGAUGGAGGAAAGGUUAAAGUGUGGGAUCUGAAGUCAGGAAAGCUAAUAAAGCGCUUAAAUGGACACCAUGGGCCAAUAACAGGGAUAAAGUUUGAUCGUUGGCAUAUAGUGACUGCUAGCAAAGACUGCUAUGCAUUAGCCUGGAGCUCUCAGGGAGACUUUGCUCGCUGUUUGGCCGCUAUGCGCCAUCAGAAGGAGGUGUUGUGCCUGGAGUUCAUGUAUCUAAGGGUGAUCACUGGAUCAGCUGAUGGGAGACUGCGCAUCUGGAACAUGGUGACUGGACAGUGUUGUAGAAUCAUGAGAGGAAAUAGUCGCAGUGAUCCCAUCCUCUCUAUUACAGCUGUGGGAGACAGAAUCACCUUGAACACACAAGUUAAUCUUCUGGUCUUGAACUUUGAGAAAGUCAAAUGGGACUACAGCAUGGAGAGUGACAAGGUUCCUCCGUUAGUGCAGUAUGGCAGGUAUUCUGAUGCCCCAGCCCGCUCUCAACCAUAUCCCUACAUCCGGGCACAGCGCAUGCAAGCCGCAGGUGCAACAAACACAAAGAUCGUUAGGCACGGAAAGUUAGGGGACGAGGACAGGGAAUGUGGAAGGUCAGAUCAGCAGGUGUUCAAGGCCGAGCAGAUAGCACACAGCGCCAAGAUGCUGAGUGCUAAGAGUCUCCAGGAGGCACGACUCAUUCAGAGCGGGGUCUUCUCUGAGCCGUUCCCAGACUACUAUACGCAGAUGUCCUACUCUGAUAUUCAGGCCACAUCCUGGGCAGAAACAUCUGUGCCUGAACAUCCUUCUUCAAGAUUGACAAAUCAGAGGUCUUCCCUUUCUCCGCUGAAGAUGGCCCGUGCGAUGACAACGAGCGCUGUCACCAGGAAGUCUCAAGUCAACACCUCCAAAUCAGCUCCUCACGUGUCCGUGGUUGAUCCAAGGGCCCACAGUAUGCCAAGGGAGGGGUCUUAUCUUAGACGGCGUGUCUCCUGGGCAUUUGAAUCUCCAUCUAUUCCCAAAUCUGUAGAGAUCUCAUUGUCUGAGACGAAGGCCUUGCUGAGAUCCCAGAUGAGGAUGAAAGAAGAACAUAAGCUCCCGCCCGAUUUCAUCUACCUAGCCAUCAACUCUAUACAAUCAUCCAUGAAACCCAAUGAAACCAACAUCAAUACUGCCAAAAACAUGCAGGAGUCUUUCUCCAAAAACCCAGUGAAGGAAAGGAAAGGCUUUCGACCUAGCUCCUCCCCGAGCAAAAUCGACCCAAGGACCCGUGUACCCAUUGAAGAACUGGGACUGGACAAUCUACGAACUCACUUCGACUCUGAGUCAGUGGGAUGUGUGUCGGACAUGGAAGAGGUCAAAUCCAUUCGUCCCACCAAGGAUGGACCUCCUAAACCAGUACUCCCACCAGAUGUAGAAGUGUAUACCACAGAAUUUGGCAUCAGCACUGUUCAUUCAGCAACACAUUUCAGUACAUAUGGGGAAAAGGUACCAUGUUCCUUGCCCACUGGGCGCAUGAUCCGACCACAGACGUCUUACUUACAAAGCCAGGUGCCGCCAGUGUCAGCAGAAUUGACCACCCGUCCGGUGACGGCUAUCGGACUACAGAGAUCUGGUACUCAGCCAACAGUUGCCACUGCAUUACCUGGGGUGGGACCUCCACAGAAACACUCACAGCUGAUGUCCUCAAGUGGCAAUGCAAACCACACGCCUAUGCUGAUGUAUCCCAAAGAAAUGCAAGAGAAAAUUUCACAGCUCAAAGAAAGACGCCAGCGGAAACAGCGUUCUCAGUCUCUGCCAGGACAUGGGAACGUGAGUCAGUUCAAUGGCCCUCUGAGAAAUCAUGUGAAAUUUGAGCUCAAAACUCAUGAACAGGAAGAACAAAUGAAAAAUUCUAUUAACCAAGCUAUUCAAGAGAAGAAUGCUCAAGAAAUGGAAGAGUUAGAAAAGAAACGGAAAGCUGUUUGGCUGAAGAAGACAAAGGGUCAUUACAACAGUUUCAAAGGACAGAAACAACUUGUAGUAUGAACAUCUCAGUACCAUGCAAAGCUCAUGCUGUAGUCUAACUCGUAUUUGAGUUCAGUAUUAAUUACAAAUGCAGCAAAUCUGAAGAACUCUCACAUAAAUGAUGAUUUUCUCUGGGGGAAGGUGACAAUGUAGCUGUACAUGUACUUAAAUCUUUGAACAUCACCUUUGCCCAAAUGCCCUUGGUGCCAGCCAAGCAGAAACACCUGGAAUUUAACACCUUCAAAGCCAGCCUAAUGUAUGUUGUCUCCCUAGAAUUUACACCCGCGUUGCCAUUCUGAAAAAUGACUUCUGCCAUGAAAAUCUAGCACAGGGACCCACGUUUCCAGCCUGGUAUUAACAUUUAUGUUGCAGGUCUGGAAAAUAACAUCUUCCAUCGUAGAAAAUAACACCUGUCAUACCACCCUGACACAAACACCUACCUUUCCAGUCUGGCAUUAAUCCACCCACAGUAGUAGUCUAGCAUAACCAGUCACGUAAAUCUUUUCAUGGGCAUCAUUGUACCAAUUGCCAGACCAGGUAAGCAACAUCUGUGUCUCUCAGAAUGUUCCUGCUUUAUAAUCUUGUAGGUAAUAUCAAAGGGUACGUUAUAAAACGUAUCUAAUAGUUAAUCAUUCAUACUUACCGUAGUGACAUAGUGCAUAUGGUACUAUCACAUGGUUAAUGUGGUAGUUAAACUUGUAUGGUUAUGUGACAUAAUUUCUUUGCAAAGCAGAUAUCAUUGUUUUAAGUUUGAAUUAGACUUGCUUGCAAAAAAAUGUGAGAACAAGGGAUGAAAAGAAGAAAACAUUUCUUUGUUUAUAGUUAAAACAUUAAAGUCUUUUUUGUCAAAACUUCCCAGUUCAUAUUUUCAGGGAAAACAUUAAAUUUGUAUUUUCAGUCAAAACUUUGCAUUUGUGUUCCCUGGAAGUGGGUAAAACUCAAUUGAGUACAUGAACUGAACUCUUGUGAUGCCAUCAUGUGCUUAAGUGUUGGUACCAUCAUCUGGUGUAAAGUGAGUGGGCUAUGUUACCAAUUAUGGUCAUUGCUUAAUCUUCCCAAGGUAGGCAAGACUUCCAAACACAUCAGCUGGCUAUAAACUCUUACAGUUGGUAAACAUACUGUGUUAGCUGGUAAAUAUAAAUGCUUGUCCAGAGAAUACAGAGCAUAGAGAUUAGGAAUUGGGUAAAGAAGCUUUUGUUCAUUAAUAUCAAAACUCAUGAUUUUGUCUUCAAAUCUGUUCAAAUCCAUUCUGUUGAUGUGUCUCAGAAGAAAUGUAAUUCUUAAUACUUUCUGCAUAUCAGUGUAACUUUUUACUACACUUACUGUGAUUAUUUUUCUUACCGAUUUGUCAUUGAUACAUAUAGUUUAAAAAAUAUAUAAUUUCUUACAAAUCACAAAAAACUUUUACAAAACAUAAAUCAAAUUUCUCUUAAAAUUUUUUGGUAAAUGAUAUCUGGGUUAUAGACUUGACUUACACCUAAAGGUUACAGGAAAAAUGGAUUUGUGGAGUUUUGUGAAUGUGUGCUUUGCUUUUUAACACUGAAUAUGUUAUUUGUUGCUGUAGAUUAUUUUUGACAUGUCUUUUUUUAUGUAGAUAAGUUAAAGUCAUCUGUUUCUACCAAAAAAUUCCAAAGAUUAUUGUACAUAUGAAUUAUUCAUUCCAGUAUGCAUGUAGCUCAAGUGUUAGGUGUUGUUUUCUCUAAACAUUGCCUUGUUAAGAAAAAUCUCGGUCUUCAUCAUUUUACAUUAAAAGCUUUAUAAUUAUUAUCAAUGUACACUGCUGAAAUUAAUGACUUGCCUUUUUUUAGUUAAAGUGCUUAUUUUUAUUUAUGGUUUAUGUAUGUUGUAUAGAUUUACAUUUGUUAUGUACAAAUUUGUGAAUGAGAAGUUACUUUCAGGGUAUUAUGAAACUUAUGUAAUAUUUGACCGUUACACAUUACUAUUUUGUAAGAAAAAGAGAAAAAAUGAGUAGAGAUAUUUUGAACCAUUGAUUUUUUUUAAUCAAAACUAUUUAUGGUGUUUAUACAACCUUGUAAUUUGUACAAUGACUUGUUUUCCUGUAUUUUUGAUUGUGAUGAAUCGUAUCAAUAUUUAUGUAACCAGGUGAUCGUGAGUUUGUACGUAGGUCUAUUCUGCCCAUCUUGCUCAAUUAUGUGUUACUUUAGCUCUGCUUACGUAAGCUUACGUAUUCUCACUCAGUUCCAUUCCUGAAGAUACUUUUUUGAUCUUUGAAAUAAAUAAAAAAUGUAAGAUAUUACUUCUGUUGUUAUGUACAUGGACUGCCUUUUUUGAUAACUGAACUAGUAUUUGAUUGUUAGAGCUAUAACUUAUUGCCUGAGGGUUAAAUCCUGUCUCGUGUUGAACGAAAGCACGGAUAAUAUUAUUGUUAAUGGCAUGACUUUAUUAUUAUUAUUUUUUUUCAUUUAUGAAGUGUGUUUUGCUGUGACGUUGGCUUCUAGACUGAGACUGAUCAUCAUUUCAGAAAUACGGACUUAUUUACCAAUAGUUUGUAAUCUUGGCUUAAUACAUUUGUACUAACGCCAUAGCGUUUCUCGCGCGUGAGAAUCUGUAUGAGUGUUUCCCAUUUGUCCGAUAUUGAUGCAGUCCAAUAUAGUUUAACUGAAGGCAACAGAGUAUGCCGUGAAAUAUGACAUAACUGUCAGAUCACACAUGCCUUGAAUUUUAGUACAGCGGUAUGGAGUUACUCGUUCGUUUAAUGAGAAUACAUGUACAUCUAU